AUGGGAAAAAUUAACAAAAUGAGGAAUGUUAAAAUGAGUAAUUCAAUAAUUUAUCAUUCAUGCUAUAUAAUUAUAGUUUUAACUAUAAUAAUGUCUAGGUUUAUUGUAAUUCCUUUAAUUGCACAAAUGUUCUUGUAUACAUUUAUAACAAUAUAUAUUGGAAGCCAUGAUAGUUUGAAGCAACUAGAAAUCGAUGAUAGAAAAAAAAAUGCUGAUAACAUAACAGCUUAUGAUGCUAUUAUGUUUCCUAUUAUUGGAUCAGGAGCUCUGCUAACAUUAUAUUUUGCAUAUAAGUUCUUAGAUCCAUAUUAUGUCAAUUUAUUAUUAACUGUAUAUUUGACAUUAGCUGGUGUUUUUUCAUUACAAGGAGUUUUUUCUAAUAUUCUAGAACCAAUAUUUCCAAAUUUUUUUAAAAGAGAUGAAUACGUUAAAACUAUAAAUUUACCAAGUUUUAUAUAUAAAGAACCUGUUAUUUUUAAUACAAAUAAAGGAGAAAUAUUAUGCUUUAUACUUUGUUUUUUAAUUGGAUUACGUUGGAUUUUUUAUAAAGAUUUUAUAACGCAUAAUGUAUUAGCUGUUUCUUUUUGUUUUCAAGCUAUAUCAUUAGUUAUUCUUAGCAAUUUUUUAAUCGGAUUACUAUUACUAUCAGGAUUAUUCGUUUAUGAUAUAUUUUGGGUUUUUGGAAAUGAUGUUAUGGUUACUGUUGCAAAGUCAUUUGAAGCUCCUGUAAAAUUAUUAUUUCCUGUAUCUAGAGAUCCUUUACAUUAUAGUAUGUUGGGUUUAGGUGAUAUUAUAAUACCAGGAAUUGUUAUAUCAUUAUGUUUACGCUUUGAUUAUUAUUUAUAUAAAAACAAAAUACAUAAUGGAAAUAUAAAAAAAAUGUUUAAUGAUAUAAAUAUUCAUGAAUCAUUUAAAAAAUAUUAUUUUUAUAGUAUAAUAAUAUUAUAUCAAAUUGGUUUAAUAGUAACAUAUUGUAUGCUAUUUUAUUUUGAACAUCCUCAACCAGCUUUAUUAUAUCUCGUCCCUGCUUGUAUAAUUGCUAUAUUAGGAUGCUCUUUAUGCAAAGGAGAAUUUAAAUUAAUGAUAAAAUAUCAAGAAAUAACUGAUAAAACAACUAAAACAAAGGUAGAUGAAAAAAACAAACAAAAUUCUGAUAAAGAGGAAAUUAUUAAAAAUGAAGAACCUGUUGCAUCAAAUACUAAAAAAAGAGUUACCAACAAAUAA